AAUAAACCCUAACUGAUCUUGUCCUGUCACCGGCCCCCUCCCGUCGUCCCAAUGCUGCCCGCCGCGCGCCGCCGACUCUGCCUCUUGCCCCUCCCUCUCCGCCACUUCACUGCGGCCGUCUACCCCACCACCUCCGCCACUGCCGACCCCACCGUCUUCUACCUGCAAUCCACCUGCGCGCUCUCCCCCACCGCCGCUGCCCGCGCCGCCGACUCCAUCCGCCUCGCCUCCCCGGAGUCCACCGCGCAGGCCUCCGCCGUCCUCGACCUCCUCCGCCGGUAUGGCUUCACCGACGCCCAUAUAUCCGCCACCGUUCGCAAGUUCCCCAUCGUCCUCGUCUCCGACCCCGUCAAGACACUCCAGCCCAAGCUCGACUUCCUCGCCUCCGUCGGCAUCAACACGCCGCUCCUCCCCAGGCUGGUCUCCCUCAGCCCCAUCGUCCUCCACCGCAGCAUCCAGGACCACCUCGCCCCACUCUUCGAAUCUCUCCGCGAGCUCCUCGGUUCCAAUGCCCGCGUCGUCACCGCGCUCCACCACAUGCCGUUCGUUGUCCGCUGCAGCCCCAACAGUACCCUCAACCUCGUGCUCCCCGUGCUAAGGGAUGUACACGGCUUGCCCCCGGAGGACGUUUCCAAACUCGUCGCCGUCCACCCCGGCGUCAUCAUGCAGGCCCCCCACCGCUUGGCCGAGAUCGUCCAGGCCGUCAAGGACGCCGGCAUCGAACCCGGUGAGCCCAUGUUCGUCCACACAUUUGCCAUCCUUUCCAAGAUGAAGACCCACACACUGGAGAGGAAGUAUGCACUCUACCAGAGCCUUGGUUUCCAGAAGGACAGUGUUGCCUUAAUGUUGCGGCGGUACGCACUCGCGAUGGCUAUCUCAGAGGAUAAGAUAAAGGAAAAUGUCGGAUUCUUGGUCGGGAGGGCAGGUUUGAGCCUGGAAGAUAUCGUGACCUAUCCGAGCAUGCUGGUGCGGAGCUUGGAGAGCCAUUGCAGGAGGUGUGCGGUGCUCGCCGUGCUGAGGAAGGAAGAGAAGCCAGAGGGGAAUCAUCGGCUCGCCGUGGUGCUAGUGACUACCAGGAAACGGUUCUUGCAGGCGUAUGUGCAGCCAUACCAAAACGAGAUCCCUGAUGUCUUCCGGGCUUUCAACGGCGAGAUCCCUUUCGAGGGCUUCAGUGUGUUGGAGUAGCCACAGCCGCCCUGGAAGAUGAGCCUUUGAUUUGAUGUCAUCGGCCUAUGCAGUUCUUGGUGGGAUUUACUCAGGCAGUUUUCCGAAGACUCUGUUGCUCGGCCAAUGUCUGUUCUUGGUAGGAUUUGCUUAGGCAGCUUUCUGAAGAUUGUGUUGCUCUUGCAACAAGACUGCCAAGUAGUAUGGUUAUGCAAGGUCAGAUUUUGAGCUACUGGAUGGUCAUCGAAAGUUUGUAGUGUAAAACAUUAACUGGAAGCUAACUUGUUGAGCAAUGAUCAUAGGGAAUCCAAUGCCAGGCAUCAGUAUGUGUAACAUGAAUAGGAAAUGGAUGUUUCUCAUUGAUGAACAAUCAUUCAGAUGCAGUGAGGACAUAGUGUUUUACUCUUCUUCUUUUCUCGCAUAUUUGCACAAUACUCAUGGAAAUUUUGUUCUUGCUUGGCGGAGUUUGAUCUCGAGUGGUCGAUGUGGAACAGGUUGAUGAAAUUAAAGGAAGUCCAGAUUUUCAGCCUGGUGAAGACAGCCCAUUUGUAAGAACAUGGUAAAUACUGUGUAAUUCUCUCUCUAUGUUGUAUGUAUGGUAGGUGCGAAGACAACACCCUGUAAGAAUACCACAAAUUUGAACUAAAACUACAACACUUUUUUUUGGGACGGA